CAGACAAGAGGCGGCAUCGUGGCGGCAAGAAGGAUCGCUGGCAGCGUUACUUUGACUGACGUUACAAGCACGAGGCGAGCUCCGGCGACGCCAUGGCAAAUCUGAUUCCCAGUUCUCAGCCAUGGGUGGAAAAAUACCGGCCGAAGCAAGUGAAGGACGUAGCCCACCAGGAAGAGGUUGUUCGCGUUCUUGCCAACACCCUCGAGACCGCCAACUGUCCUCAUAUGCUCUUCUAUGGACCUCCUGGGACGGGUAAAACCACAACGGCUCUAGCCAUUGCACACCAGCUAUUUGGACCUGAACUGUACAAAUCACGAGUUCUUGAACUGAAUGCAAGUGAUGAUCGUGGGAUCAAUGUUGUGCGGACAAAAAUAAAGGAUUUUGCUGCUGUUGCCGUGGGUUCUGGUAAUCGCCAAGGUGGCUAUGUUUGUCCACCUUAUAAAAUCAUUAUCUUAGAUGAAGCAGAUUCAAUGACUGAAGAUGCUCAGAAUGCUUUGAGACGUACUAUGGAGACUUAUUCAAAAGUCACAAGGUUUUUCUUCAUUUGUAAUUACAUUAGCAGGAUAAUCGAACCACUAGCUUCAAGAUGUGCAAAAUUCAGAUUCAAACCUUUAACCGAAGAUGUCAUGAGUAGUCGUAUCAUGCACAUAUGUAAUGAGGAAGGCCUCAGUCUAGAUUAUGAGGCUCUUACAACAUUGAGCUCCAUUUGUGAAGGAGAUCUUCGUCGUGCCAUAACAUAUUUGCAGAGUGCUGCUCGCUUGUAUGGGUUUUCAAUUUCAUCCAAGGAAUUAAUCAGCGUUUCUGGGGUGAUACCUCAGGGUACUGUUCAGGCCCUAUUUGCAGCUUGUAAGACUGGGGAGUUCGACACAGCAAACAAGGAAGUUAGUAAUGUGAUUUCAGAGGGAUAUCCAGUAUCACAAAUGCUAUCUCGGUUGUUUGAACUGAUUGUUAGCUCAGAUGACAUAUCUGAUGUACAGAAGGCACGAAUAUGCAAAAGGCUGGCUGAAGCAGAUAAGUUUCUAGUUGAUGGGGCUGAUGAGUACCUGCAGCUGAUGGAUGUAGCCAGUCAUUUAAUGCGUGCCCUUUUUGACAUGCCCCAGGAGAUGCAGUUUGAUUAGAUGUUGGAGAAGGUUGGCAGUCAACUUUCUUUCUUUUGCUAGGGACUAAGUAGCGCUCCUUUAUAUAUAGUAUGCUCACAUUUAUAACCUGCAAAUCAAAAUCCCUCCGGAUGAACUGAUAGUCCUGGAGUGUUAAUCUAGAAUUGGUGAACUGUCCUUGCAAUCUUUUUCUAUUACUAAAGCUUCAAUCAGGAAAUUCUAAGUUAAUUUCGAUAAGUUUCCUCUUGAUUGUA